GACAUUUCUGAACUUCUCUUCGCUUGUGAGUGUGAGCUGAACUGUGUUUCACUGGUCAACCUGCUGCAAGUUUAUCUAUACUUUGGAAUUCUAGUUAAAGAUAUGCAUGGAAGUUAUGAGGUCAUUUGUGCCUUAUUAACAGACAGUGUAGGUCAUUCUUUCAACCUGCUAUCCGAACAGUAUCAGUGUGAACUUAUAUGUCAAUCAUUCAUCCACUUUUGAAAUACCAACUGAUUAAUAGUUUUCUUUUUUGUUGGAUGUUAACCCUCAGGUGUUCAAACAGGAAUCAGAGGUCAGUUACAGCUUAUGCAUUACUGGCACAAGAACUACAGGGAAGUGGGAACCCAGUUGGAAAGCAAGAGAGAGUAAUCUAUUUCUCAACACAGAUUUAUUUUAUUUUAGUUCAGUCAUUUCUUGCUAGAUUUAAUGGGGGGAAAACGUGGAAAAAAGAUCUUGCACACCACUUUGCCAUAUGCAGAGGACACUGGGCCCUUUAUCUGUAGGACAAGUGUGCUGUAUUUUAUAACCUAUUCAGUGUUUUGUGUUUUCUCUUUAUUGGAUAGUAGGAAAACAGCUCAGGCCACCAGCUGGUUUCAUUACUUUUGUGUAAAGAAAAAAAGGAAAAUAAAUUUCCACUAAGACGUCAGCUUGUUAGUAUAGAUGAUAAUCCAAAGUCAUCAGAAAAGCAUAAUACCUUAUGGGGUGGCACUAAAAUAGAGUAAUGGUAGGACAUUAAUGUUUUGUUUUAAUAACAAAUUGAUAAAAAAAAAAUUAGAAUCUGUUCUUUAAUAUUUUCUUUAUUUAGACAUUUACUAGAUUUUUAUUAUAACUUUAUUGGUAUUAAGUUUAUACUUUGGCUGAACUCUAAUUUGUUAGUUUUAUUGCUUUUGCAAUUGUAAUUCUUUUUAAAUUACAGCAGCUAUUUUCUGAAAUAAAUAUAUCAUAUUUUUCCCACGUGUAAGCUACCUUUUACAUCCUUUUGAUGAGAGCUUUAUUAUACCGGAUGUUUCAAGGCCAAGUUUCUCUACGGACAUAAAUAAAAGACGUACAGCUCUACUUCCUGUUUUGUUUUUCUUUCACUCCGUGUCUGCUCGGGUCGGGUAGAUAUGGAAGAAUUUGCGGGACUAGAAGACAACCACAGCCUGCCCGACAAGAAACGCGCUCUCUUCAGACACCGGUGGACCUCAUAAACCGGACAGAAGCAGCGGGCAGCAGUCACACCUGCCGCGGGGCUUCAGACACCCUCACUCCGCCUCUCGGUGUCCGCGACAUGGCUCUCAGCUCGGGCGGCUGGGCUCCUCCAGCCCCGGUCCCUGCCUCGUCCCAGCAGGCUGCAUGCGGCGGGCCUGCGCUGACGCCUUGCUGCAGUACUGUUUUAAUGUCAGUCCGGGUUUCGGUGUGCCAUUCCGGGAUCCGGCCCCUGUGCCUCCCUGGAGCAGGCAGCGAGGCUCUGCGGCUCCAGCUCAGCAUGGACCCGAGCCGGGCCGGAGAGUUCCGACUGGCGCUGCGAGAUACGAGCGGAAACCGCAGUGUGUUCAUCGCAGAGUUCGACCUGCGCUCGGUGCAGUACGAGGUCAAAUCUCCUCGCUGCCAUGAGAUGCGCCUCGCCGCUCCGCCACACGACUGCAUCCGCUUCAACUUCCGCUGCGACCGCGAAGCCGAGGAGUGGGCAACAGUGGUGAUGUCAUCACUAAGAGAGGCACAUAGAGUUGCAAAUAUUAACACAUGUGAGUCAGAUGGCAGACACAAAGACACAGCAGCAGCAGCGAUGGAGCAGUGGAGCUCAGCCUCGCUGCCGCUCACCGAGGAACUGUGCUUGGAGCUCGCCAGGGCCAUUGAAGCAGGCGAUACUCAAGCCGCUUCACAGCAUGCGUCCGCUCUGGCUCGGCACAAAGCCGCACUGACGAUUCAGCUGUCUGAAAAGAACUACGCAGAGGGAGAGAUCAGUUUAUCUGUGGUCGUGGAGGAUGUGUCGUCGUCCUGUUGUGUCACAGUGAAAGUCUUUCCUUACAUGACCGUGGCUGCACUCAAGCAACAGGUGUUUCUUGAGUACGGGUUCCAUCCUCGCGUGCAGCGCUGGGUGAUAGGUCAGUGUCUGUGCACUGAGCCGAGGUCGUUGGCCUCCUACGGGGUGCAGAAGGACGGCGACACGGCGUACCUCUACCUGAUCUCAGCCCGACAAGCACGCAUCACCCGCCAGCUGUUCCAGCAGGACCUGGAGAGCGCUCUCCUCGCCCCGCCGCUCCCACCGGGCAACGGCCCCACCUCCCAAGACUGGAGGGGUUACAACACCUUGCCCUCCAAGCUACCCCACAACAACCAGGGGAGCACAGCAGGUGAUAUCAAAGAUGUCCUCGACAUUGAGAACCUGCAGCUGAAUGAUCAUACCAAUAAAGCCAGUAAAACACAGCAGACAGAGUGGGCUUGUCCCUCAUGCACUUUCAUCAACAAGCCGUCUCGUCCAGGCUGCGAAAUCUGCGCCACAGCCAGACCGGACACACACAUCCAGCAGGUACUGCACCUGCAUCGAGCGAUCAAUGCUUUUUUUUUGUACUACUACUUGUAACAUUUCCCCUCAGUGACAGCUACAGCCUGAGACAGAGCUACACUUCCUCACCAAAUGUAAAAAAUAUGAACUAAUUAGAGAAACAUAUUUCCAAAAAUUUGAAUCCGUCAAAAAAGGUUUUUUAAAAUGGUCAGAUGAGGAAAAACUGCCGCUCCUCCUCGGGGAAGAGCCACAGAGCUGUAGAUUAGAUUAGCAGCAGUCUAUGUUUCUGCCUGUCACACACUGAGAGACAGCGAGUGACACACAGCUGUUGGUUGUUUUGUUUUUAUUUUUUAUUUUGUUUUUUCUUCUUUUUUUGCUGGGACAGUUAGAUUGUAUAAAUUAUAUGUUGAUUGUAAUUCAAUAAUUGUAAAUAUUGCUUUCUUUUAUUGUUAUUAGUUUUUCUUUUCUUUUAAAAUGAAUAACAGAAUUAUAAUAAUUUAUUGUAAAUAUUGCUUUCCUUAUCUUGUUUUUUUUUUUCCUGAUGGUUGCUUUGGCAACAUAUACAUUGUUACGUCAUGCCAAUAAAGCCAAUUGAAUUGAAUUGAAUUGAAUUGACAGCUUCCUCUUUCUCUACGUUCUCUCACACAGGAGAAAGGAAGGAGAGAGGAUCGAGGAGAGUUCGGUCUGAGCAGCAGCUGACUGCCCAUCGUCGCUGUCAGGUCGCCAUGUCUCACUCACUUACACACACAUACACACAGAGUGAGGAUGCUAAAAACAACAAAAUACUCACGUAAAGACUGUCAAGUGCACUGAGAGUCCUCUGACAGCUGGAGCGAUUGAAGCACCGUAGCAUGAUACAGAGCUGCACUGGUCGAGGCUCACACGAUGAACUGCAGACGGAGAGCGUUCGCUUCGACCAGUUCUAUGGACAUGACCAUGACAUACAUCUGAAUUUGGCCAGAACCUUUUUCUUUUAUUUAUUCUACAGAGUGUAUGUGUGUGAUGCAAACAACACAGACGGCCUAAUAUUUAUUUUAGGUGAGAGAGAAGGUCAAAGUUUUUUUUGCUUUUGAUCGCAGCUGAAGUUGGAACGUCAUACUUUUCAGUUUCUGCCAACUGUGAAGUGAGAGGAAAGGUGAAGCCUGGUGCCCAUUACCCUGUUCAGUAUGUAAGAGUCGUCUGCCAAAAAUAAUGUUGGUGGUUUUAAAUGAAAAGAAAAAUAAGCCAUGGCUGAGAGGAUACGUUGUGGUGCGUUUACAGGGUUGUCAAGUGCUUUUAUUUUUUUAUAACAUUGUUUAAGUGUAUUAUUUUUAACACGAUGCAUUGAGUAACUGAUGUACAUUUUAGCAGUUGAUCUAAUUUUACUCAAUUCCCUGUGAGCUGUGACAGCAAUGGAAUGAUCUGUUUUCAGUACAUAAUACUGUAAAAACUUGCAUUAGCUGAAUAAAUCAUAAUGGAAUUAAACAAA